AUGAAUGAUAUUGACUGCACUCUUGGGCAGAAACCGAAGGAAGUAGUUUCUUUGCUUCGCGACGAGACAUAUCAGUGGUGGUUAUCAGUUGAAGAGGAUACUCAACUGGAUCGUCUUAAUUGGGAUUAUUUCAAUACCGCCUUCUAUAGGAAGUAUGUGGACACAAGCUAUGUAGAUGUUCGUAGGCCUGAGUUCAUGAAUCUCACGCAAUGUGAUAGGACUAUGGCUGAGUAUAAAGCUGAAUUUCUAAGACUAAGUCGCUACGCUCGAGGCAUGGUGGCAUAUGAAUACCAGAAAUGUAUCUGCUUUGAGGACGGGUUGAGGGGUUAUUAUCAAAGGUUCAUUGAGGGGUUCUCGUUGAUUGCAGCUCAUCUGAAUAAGCUUUUACACAAGAAUGCUCAUUUUGUCUGGACUGAUGAGCAACAAUCGAGCUUUGAGAAGUUCAAGUCUGUUUUGACUCAGGCUUCUAUUCUGAUACAACCUGAAUCUGGUAAGGAGUUCGUGGUGUAUAUUGAUGCAUCGCAUGUUGGUUUGGAUCGCAAGAGUCUUAAGUACCUCGUUACUGAAAAGGAGUUGAAUCUUAGGCAGCGUAGAUGGAUUGAACUACUCAAGGAUUACGACUGCACAAUAAAAUAUCAUCCCUGUAAGGCCAAUGUGGUGGUCGAUGCUCUUAGUCGUAGAGCCAUUUUUGAUUUGAGGUCAAUGUUUGCUCGCCUAAAUAUGUUUGAAGAUGGGAGUCUGUUAGCUGAGUUACAAGUUAAGCUGACUUGGAUUGAUCAUAUUCGAGAUAAACAGUUGAAGGAUGAUUCCUUGGUUUUGCAUUUUCGUCAAGUAAAAACUGGUGGUAUGUCUGUUUUUGGUCCCAAUAGUGAUAGGGUUCUGUGUUUCUGA